AGAGGCACCCAUUAUUUCCCUUCACUAAACCCCAAAUCCAAACCCUACAAAAGGAGGGGCUUUUCAGUUUUUCUUUGGUGUCUUCGUCCCCAAACGAUGAAAGGGUUUGGAUUAUUACCAGCUUUGAUGAGAAGAUUUUCUUCGUUGUCUAAACAAAAAUUUGUUCGUUUUUCUCAUUCAUUAGCAGAUAGUCCAGGAGUUGCAAAUUCUUUCUUUGAUCAGAAAAAGGAUGAAAGUUUGGUUUAUAAGCAUAAGCUUCUGUAUCAAAGACCUGAUACAAUUGAAAUAAUGAAGUUUCAACAACCCUAUUUUAAUUCAGUAAGUUUUAUCGGCUCAGUUCUAUUUCCUCCGAGACUUGUCAAUUCCAGCAGUAAUCUAGGUGCUUAUACUUGGCUUCAAGUCAGAUACCCCAAAUAUCCUGACACCAAUUUUAGGAUUUUCUUGAGCUUCUGGAAUAAGAUGGCAGAAAUUUCAUUGAAACAUGUACAAAAAGAUGAUACCAUUUUUGUCUCUGGUCGAUUAGGUACAAUGGCAAAAGUUGAUUUGAGUGGAAAUGAAACUAAGACUUUUAAGUUGGUUGUUAAUGAGUUAAACUUUGUAGAGAACUAUCCUCAUUGUGAAACGAAGGAAUCGGAAAAACCAGGAUUGAAGGUUGUAUCCGAAGAUGGUGAUGGUGAAUGCCCUGUCUAUGUCGUCCCACCAUCUUCAAAUGCAGAAGAUUCAUCGUGUAAGGAAGAAAAGGUGGACAGAUUGCGCUUGUGGCAGAUAUUCUUUGCCAAUCCCCGAGAAUGGCGUGACAAUAGAGAACGCAAAAAGACAAACCCAAAGCUUCCAGACUUCAGUCACAAAUAUACUAAUGAAGCCUUGUGGUUCAAAGCAAGCGACCCUUCUUGGGUUAGAAGACAAAUCGAACAAUAUGACUCUGAACAAGUAUUACGAGGACUUGCAAAGUCUUCUACCCGUAAAAGUUUUGGAGACUAUUUGGGCUAGAUGCUGGUCUCUGGCUAAUAGUUUUCAGUGUACAUGAAACCUGCUUCGAGAAUUAGUUAUGAUUUUCAGUGGAAAUUUUCAGUGGCUAUUUGGGCUAGAUGUUGCGAAGUCUUACAGAAUUUGUAUGUAGGAUAAUUGCUAUUGGUGAGUAGGAAAAGGAUCCACCUACUGGGUUUCAAAUCAUCACCGCACUACUCUUGAACCUUAUGGCCAAGUCUCGUUUUCAGUUUCAGGUGAGUGAUUUAGCAAUCGGAAUGUUGAGUUACUUCACAAGUUAUUUCCAAAUUCAGUGGUGGAUCAAAGUCUAAUAUUUAUAUUCCAAGAGAUGAAGAGAACAUCCAGGAAAAGUUGCUAUGGAUACCACACCCCAGGAGAGAGUUCUACCGAAAUAUAUCAAGACUGCAGGUUCUGUCAUCAAGCGAUUGAUUCCAUAGAGCAUUUAUUACUAGUUUGUCCAGUGGCUGAAGCAGUCUUCUUCGGGUCUCCUCUAUGUUUAGAGCUGCUCAGUGACUCGCUCUCAUCGUUAAGCAAUGCCAUCUCAGGUUCGCUUAGGGAAGGUCAGGACUAUCAUCUUUUCAAAAUGGGAGCUUGUGUCAUCUGGGCAAUAUGGAAAGAAUGGAGUGAGACUGUAUUCAAAAGUAAUGCAUCAUCCGCCUGGAGAAACUUUAUUCUGGUCAAAUGCUCUCAAUGUCAAUAUAGGCACAUACAACCAAAAUGAGAGCAGAAAAUGGCAUCCACCAGAAAUAGAUACUAUAUAAUUCAAUGUGGAUGGAGUUUACUGUGGAACUCAUUCUGCUGGUGCUGCGUUGCCACAGUUACAAUCCCAGCCUUCGAAGGGUGUGUAUCUGAAUGUCAUCUACUCGAGCCCCGUUGAAGCUGAAGCUUUCCUUCGUGGAAUAAAGUUGGUCCGGACUGUGUUAUAGAGUUAGUAUCGAGGGGGGUGAAUGAGCACUUUGUGGUAAACAUUCUCAAUAGUAACUCGCGCUCUUACCCUUGUAGAAUCAGGAAGCAGAUUCUUCGGAUCAGAGAAUUGGCACUUCAUGUACAGUAUAUCAACAGAGAUGCUGAUACAGUAGCACAUUCUUUAGCAAAAUUCGCCUCUGACAACCACAUCUCCGUUUGGUGGUUAUCUCUCCUCUUUGUAUUGCUGCUCUCAUUGACAACCACAUCUCCGUUUGGUGGUUAUCUCUCCUCUUUGUAUUGCUGCUCUCAUUCCCAGAGUCUAAUGUUGUUGUUUUGUUUUUUAUACCUUAGACUACUCCCAGAGUCUAAUAUUGUUGUUCUCUUACGAAACAUGAAGGAUCUCACACUCCUAUUAA